AAGAAUCAAUGAGGCAGCUCAUAAUGUGUAUAGUGACAACAUUCUAUUCUAUUAUACUAAUUUCACUCUGAGCAUCAGAUCAUUCAGCGAAGAAAUCGGUGCAUAGUCGUCUGAGGCACCAAUAACUGUCGUCGUGCUCAAAAUAAUGUUGUAGGCCUAUAAACGCAUAUUUUGCUACAUAUUGAGGGAGCACGCUGGAGAAUAGUGCUCCGUUUGGGUAUAAUUUUUUCUUCAAAAAUAUCAGCUUGAAAUUAAACGUUUCAUUUGAUGACGUAACAUCACAAUCCAUAAAGAACGAGCAUUUUUACAAGUCUUCAAAUAACAACUUGACGUCUUAACACAGAGUGAGGAUGCCUCCGGGAACCCGCCUUUUGGUCAUGUUGGUGGUUGUCCUGUUGAAAGUCACAGAGUUCCUGCGUGUCGGAGCUCAUCCCAACGAAACAUCACAGAACAAUUCAACCUCGCUUGACUUGGGACAACAUACUCCGCUAUCAUCUGAUCUUGAUCCCUUUAAUCAAACCGAUACAUCCAGCAAGGGAUCUGAAUAUCUACCAACGACGAGCGAUGCGACGCAGUUGGUCACAAAUGAAGGAUGGGAAUGGUGGACUUACGAAAUGACAACGGAUCCUACUAAGGGUAUGUUAACCAAAUCUCAAGGAGUGUGGAAUGAAGACAGUGCAGGUAGCAUGGAGUUUUCGUGGUACCAAAUCAAUUGGUCUUGGGUAAUCAUCCUACAGCUAAUCUCUACAGUCGUUGGCAUCGUUGGUAAUUUCCUGGUUAUCAUCGUUUUAUUCAAGCGUCGCCAGCGGAGCAGAUCAACGGAUACCUUGAUAACUGGCCUGGCAUGUGCAGACUUCUUAACUUCGGUGUUCCUCGUACCUAUCCCGAUGCCAGCAUACAUUCCGAAAAACUGGAUAGGUGAGAUCUAUUGCAGAGUUAUCAUCACACAAAGCUUACUUUGGGCAUCCAUUAUGGCUUCGACAUACCUGUUGAUGUCUAUAUCUGUUGAAAGAUAUAUCGCAGUUGUCUACCCUCUUCAUUUUAAACGCUUGAUCACUCGACGUCGUGUCUCAAUUUUCAUCGUCAUCAUUUGGUUCCUCUCUAUCUUGUCUGGACUAUUCGCUUUCAUCGUUUACGGUGUAGACGCCGAAACGAACCAGUGUGCCGAGCAAUAUACAUUCGACAACGCACAAACUAUAAUUGCCUACUACUGGUUCUGCCUUCGUCUAGCUCUUCCUUGUUUUACCAUGCUCGUUACCCAGGUCCUCAUCGCUCGUAACCUCAGUCAACAAUUCCGCAUCUUCAAAGACGUUAACAACGCUACAAAAAUGACGAAUGGAAGCCAAGCGCCAUCAUUUCACAUCGUGGCAAGAAACCGCGUUUUGAAGCUGAUGUUGAUUGUUAUUGUAAUCUACAUCGUGUGCUGGACACCAAACCAGAUUGCAUUUCUUGGUUACAACCUUGGAUGGGUUCCGGAAUCUUAUUUGAACAGUACCCUUCAUCGAUUUCUCACCUUGCUUGGAUUCUAUAACUCUUGUGCUAAUCCAGUCAUUUACACAGCAAGGUAUCCUGAAUUCAGGAAUGCUCUCAAAGACAUUUUCACCUGCACUUCUGACAAAAACGAUCCUUUGUUUGAAAAGAUGUCGAAAAGCACUGCGAAUACAAAUUCUGACUUGGAAGUUUGACGAUAUAGUGUGCCGUAGAUGGGAAAAGUACAUUAGGGCUUUUUUAAUGGCCUCCACAGCAUCUACUACUUUAAGAGAGAUGAGUAGGAGGAUCUAUGAUUUAUGUUUUAUAAAUCGUGUAUUCGACAAAAGGCUUAUCAAGUCUUACUUCACUAUCAGUUGGAAAAUGAAAACACUGAGAUAAUAAUUGGUUUGUGACUUUUUGAGAGAUGUUUAAUCAAAAUCUCAUAAAUCAAAUACAAUGUACAAACAUUCAACAAGUCGCUAACAUUCUUCAUGACACUGUUUUUAUGAAGAAGAAUUGUGACAUAUAUUUUUAAACAUAAAUGAUUUGGGGAAUAAGAAGUACGACAAAUUCACUUUCUUAGACAUUGAUUAGUCAUGUUUUCAAUUAUUUUUUUUUACAUUUAAUUUUAUUUUAAUCUGAAUUUGAAUGAAAAAUAUAUCCUUUAAAAUAGCAAAAUGAUUAGAUAGGAGACAAUGCAAUAUCUCUGAUAUUUUCAAUUGUUUUAUAAUGUGAUAAUUGCAUUUUUUUAUUGAUGUCUCACUGCUGUCGCCUCGAGAGAACAAUUGGCAAGUUUUAAAACAUUUCAUUCUCUAUUUCAUUCCUGUUAAUAAAUUUGAUACAAUGUAAAGAAAUGCAGAGCAGAAGAGGAAUAUCUGGCCAUAUUGACAUUUUGUUUUGAUAAACCUGACAAAAAGCAUUUUUGUUAUCUCUGUAAUCAGGGUUUGAUCAUUGAAAAUGUUUUGUUGCAUUGGACUAUUCACAUUUCUCCAAUGUUGUUUAUCCAGAGCGACAUCAAUGCCUCGUGCUAACUAGUUUGCAUUGACUAAAGCUAAUACAAUGUAAUAUUCGUAUCUACCUAAAUCAUAAUUAGUAUUACCUUUUAGUUUCUAUACGUAUAUCAUUAAGAUAAACAGCAGCAGCUAUAUGAUAUCAAUAUUGUAGUAGUAGAAGUAGCAUUCAGUAGUAGUAACAGUAGUAGUAUAGUAGUAGUAGUAUAGUAGUAGUAGUAGUAGUAGUAGUAGUAGUAUCAGUAGCAGCAGCAGUAGUAGUCAGGUAGUAGUAGUCACUCAGGUAGUAGUAGCAGCAACAGCAGUAGUAAUAGUAAAAGUAGUAGUAGUAGUAGCAGCAGCAGCAGCAGUAGCAGUAGCAGCAGCAGCAGCAGCAGCAGUAGUAGUAGCAGUAGUAGUAGUAGUAGUAGUAGUAGUUGUAGUAGUAGUAGUAGUAGGAGUAGUAGGAGUAUUAGUAGUAUUAGUAGUAGUGGUAGUAGUAGUAGUAGUAGUAGUAGUAGUAGUAGUAGUAGUAGUAGUAGUAUGUGGUGAUGGUAGUUGUAGUCGAUUUUGUGAAGAUGAGCAUGGACGCGCACAAUUAUUCUCAUCUUGUAAACAAUAACAAUUCAAUAUAAUUCACCGUUUAAAAAGACAACGGGAAGGUAAUUUUUUUCUCCCGCUGGUAAAAAAUAGUGAUGAUCGAUGUACGUAGAUGAUCAACAGAGAUCAAGCUCGAGAUGUACACAUUUUUAUUGGAGUUUGGUCUCCCAAGGCAUUUAAGAUAUCGAUUAAUCAUAUACUAAUUUUUACUGUAUUAUCUCUAUGAAAAUUAAGCCAUCAAUGUUUUUAAUUGUAUGAAUUGUAUCGUGCUGUAUUGUUUUAUUCCAUUAAUGACAUCGAUGAUUAAUUCAA